CUUUAAUUAAUAUUUUUGAACUCAACUCAUUGGUUGGAAUAAAAAAGAAAAUUUUCUUUUUAGGAUAAAUCAAUGUAAAUACAAAUUGCUUAUGUUACAAAUUAAACUAUUUUCAUUGUGAGACUUUGAUAUAAUUUUUUUUUUUGUUAUUGCCAAACUUUGGUAUGGGGUCAAUUGGUCUAGAUGUAGGCAGUUGGCACAAUUGAUUUAGCUGUUUAUUGUGUGUAAGAAGUCAUGGGUUCGAAUCCCCACCAUCCCAUUUGAAAUCUUUUUUAUUUAGUAGAGAUUAAAAAAAGCAGCAUGUUGUGGUGGGUGGCUCGAACCUUGAUAGUAAAUAGCUAACUAAUUUUAGCUAAACAUCUAUACCACCAAGCUACAACUCUUUUGUUGAAACAAUUACAUAUUGACAAAGUUUUAGUCAUUGAACGCUAAAAGUCCUAAAUAACUUUGAACAACCAUAACUUUGUGCUCCAAAAUCCUAACGUAAUGAUUUUUUUUUUCAUUUCACAUAACUUUUGAAGGACUAUAGUUUUUACUAGGAAGAAAUUUUCAAAACAGGAAUUAUUUUUGGAUAUAAAUAAUUUUGGGAAUAACAUUACCUUCCCUUUUCACAAAUCCACGUACAUUCCGAAAUUAUGUCUAUGAUAAAAGUUGUAAACCUUAAAAAUUUAUGCUUAAUGAAAAAAAAAUUCAUGACAUUCAAAUUUUGGAGCACAAAGUUAUGGUCGUCCAAAGUUUGACGAAAUCGAAAAAAGGCUCGUUCGGGGUAGCAAACAAUGUUUUUUCGGGACAAAGGCGGGACCAAACUGCCUAUGGCGUUUGCGGCUUGCAAAAUCUCGAAAAGUUAUGUUGAAUAAAAAAAAAUCGCGACGAUCGGAUACUUGAACACAAAGAUACGUUUGUUUGAAGUUUCCACCUAGGUUAGGAUUUUUCAAAAAAAAAAGGACCAAAACCGUCGGGCGGGGCAGCAGUUUUGGACCAAACCGGUCCGACCCCAGGCGAUCAUGAGAUCCGCCCCCUAACCGUGCGGUUUUCAAUGAAAACAGCGCCACCACUAGAGGUGGCAAUUGGAUCGGAUUCGUGGAUUGGAUUGGUGGAUCCAUGGAUCAAAUGGAUUGGAUCCAAUGGAUUGGUGGAUUCAUGGAUUGGAUCACAUGGAUUGGUGGAUUGAUCCAGGAAUCCAAAUGACAUUGAAGGCUUGGACCAAAAUGUAAAUUUUGAAAAGUUUAGGUACUAAAAUGUCAUAAUGAAAAAUUUUAGGUACCAAAAUGUAAAAUAUAUAGGUACCAAAUCGUAAUUUUCCAUUUGGAUCAAUGGAUUGAUCCAUGAAUCCACCAAUCUAAUUGGAUUUGGAUCAAAUGGAUUGGAUUAGGUGGAUAAUUUGGUGGAUGGAUUGGAUUGGAUUCAUGGAUUUGGAUCAUAAUUGCCACCUCUAGCCACCACCCUGCAGUUUUCGUGUAAACCUCUGGUUCGGGUGGCUGUUUUUGGGAAAUGGUGCUAUUUUUGGAAUUUAUCGGGGUUGGGUGCUAUUUUUGAAUUUUUCGGGGUUGGGUGUUAUUUCUAGAAAAAAAUCCUAAAUUAUGAUUUUUCAUAUUUUAUUAAAUCGACCUGAACGAGCACAAAUCUAUUGUACCAUUAGUCGAAGCAUACCACUUGCUAAACCGACAACAUUAUAAACCAAUUUGACACUUUAUUCUAGAGUCAUUCACUAAUAUAAAAAAGGUAAACCUUAUGAAUCUCUCAUUUCCUUAGGAGUCGUUUGGAUCUAAACAUGGAAUAGACCCAAAUUCGGGCCCGUCCAGGAUUUUACGAGAUUAUGAUGUUUGGGUUGGUGUCCAAUAAUGCAGGAAUUGGUCUAUGUCGGUUUUUGAAAUCCGGCCCAGCCCGGAAUUAGAAAUAGUUGGCCACCCCCAGAUAUUUUAAAAUCCGACACCAUUUUUUGUCUUUUUCUCAGCGUGUCCCUGCGUGGCUGGCUGCAGUGUGAGAGAGAAGGAUCUGGUUACGCGAAACAGAUUGGAGAAAUAGCUCGUCGAUCUGGGACCCAUUCCCCAUUCCAGACAACAACUUUGGGAAUCGGAUGCCGUCAAGCACCGGUUCUUGGAACAAGGCCGGAGUCACCGGUGCCGCCGGUUCAAUUCCCCGGCGUGAGGCGACAUCGACUUGUGUGACUUCACCGACCAAGUGGUGGUCCCCUUGCUGCCAGCAAUUAGAGCACAGUACGAUUCCCACUUCGACGUUCUCGAUUCAACUCUGGCAUCAUCGCUGGCGCUCGAUUCCCUCUUCUUGGUCGAGCUGCUCGUCCUGGGCGGAUGAUUACUAUUCCAUCCUGAUGAAUGACUCAGUGAUGCUGGAGAACCAGAUCCUUAUGUUUCUGCUGCAAGAACCCUUAUCCACGCUGCUGCAGGGUCGCCAUUGUGACAGCGAGUCUGGACUGUUUUACGAGGAGUUGGUUCGCAUUUAUGCCCAGCUUUCUCCCAUUCAAUUCUUGUGUUUGCCUAAUCAGAAUCAUGCCUAGAGCCAUGGCGCUGGUUCUUCCUUUCUUUCGGAGGAUCUGGAUAUCCAAUAGUCUAGAUCCACUGUCAUGUCGUCCUCGCCGUUCCAAUAACCAUCUACACCAAAUCGAGCUUUCAUGUCUCUGCUUCUUUGGUAAUCGGAGACAAAAAUUCAAACUGGGAAAGUGAGGGCUGGGUGAAUGGUUGUUUCCAUUGUAGAGGAGGAAGAGAAGUGGGGUUAGGUGCACAAUGUGUUGAAAAGGGUAAAUGUGUAAUUUGUUAUUUGUCAAUAAAAAUAAAUUUCUUAUUAAUGAAAUUCUUAUUCUUAUUCGUAAACAAACAGAUAAAUUAGCCAAAUCCCUUGUUUAAAAUCUCUGAUAUUUUAAAAGAGGGAAUGAAGGCCAAAUCCUAUUGGGAAUUUGGUUGAACCGGACUAACCAAGUCAAAUCGUUUUUGGGUUGGACCGACCAACGAGUUUGGUAUUAGACCGACCGAACCAAUAUUCUAAUUCCAUGAAGGGACACACCCCUUUGGCCUAGUGGCGGUUGCAUUAUUUUAUGAUAAGGAUAACCUUAUAGAUAAAUGCAACCUUUCAUAUGGAGAAGUAUAACCUUUCAUAUGGAUAGAGGCAACCUUUCAUAUGGAUAAAGACAACUUUACGUAUGGAUAAAGGCAACCUUUCAUGAAACAAUGCAUGGAUUCGGCCCCUAUAAAUAUGUGUGGGAUGGAUGAUGCCACACACCAUCAAACAUAUUCUUCUUCUUUCUUCCAAAAACUUCUAAGUAUGCUUUAGGUUCUUGAGUCUGGAACCUAAAGUGGUGAUAGUAUUAUCCUACGAAGAAAUUUUAUGUAACCCAAGACUUUGUAGAGGGUGGAAAUAUUCUUUAUGGAAAGUGAACGUACGACUCUAUCAUAAUCCUGGUCACCCUGUCUCGGGCUAUCGUACGUGUACCCUCGUCCCAAAAAGUCUCAACAAUCGUAAAGAAUAGUUUCCGGUACGAUGGCUCGAACCGCUCUUUACAAGAAACUGGUACCGGUCUUUGGAAUCAUGAGAAUGUUCGAUGAUGAGUUUUUCAUCGAUGGAAGUAAAAGAUGAGCUUUCUUCGUACUAGUCUCAUGGUGAUUCCAUACACGGAAGGUAACUUGGAAGAGGGAUCAUUCCACAUGAGGAAGGAGGAGAAUGCUUCGUAAAUGGAGAAAUAGAAGAAUGACAGUUGUCUUUGUGUAGGUCACAUACACAAUGGUUAAUUUGUCUAAUUCUCUAUUCGACUUUUAUGAAGUUCCAGACAAAUAUGGAUUUAUCUAAGUGGUUUAGUGGUGUGAUUUUGUCUAGUGGUUUAUGUUUUUUAAACCCAGGAGACAAAAGUGUAUAUACAAUGUUUGAUGAUUCUGGUGAUAGAGUCAUUAUAUGUUUGUAUGUAGAUGAUAUGCUUAUCUUUGGGACUAAUAAAAGAUAAGUGAACUUUGAAAUAAAAGAUUUUUAUUUCAAUUCUCCAUGUAGGACAUGGGGGGGGGAUGUGAUUUUGUGUAAUGAAUCAAGCGGAACGACAAAGAAGAUUCAUUCUCUCCAUUUUUCUGCAUUGAGAAGGUACUUGCAAAAAUUCCAUAUUAGGAAUUUUCGGGAGUAAAAAAACCCCCAAUGGAUCCAAGUAUGGAACUUAUGGUUAAUACGGAAAAUCAGUUUUACAACUGGAGUAUUCCAUGUUAAAUUGGGGACUCGAUGUAUGCAUGACUUGCAUGAUGCUAGAUAUCGCAUUAUGCAAUAGAACAAUUAAAUUGGUACGUGAUGAAUCCUAGUUCUCGUCAUUUGAAAUGAAAUGAGGCGUGUACU